AUGACCGCAUUUGACAUUGCUACAUCCAUUGGGGGAUCUGAAGCAAUUGUUGAAAGUUUCUACAGUGUUAUGGACACUCAACGACAAGUGCGCCAGCUGCAUACCACUUUGGAAAACCGAACCAUACUUGACUGGGCUACAAGCAACGUGCUAAAUCUUGAAGAUGUUAUUUCAAAGGCCGCUAAACUUUACGUUGAUGGAUCAUCAUCAUUGAAACUACCACAUCAUCAUGUCGGGGUAAUGAAGAAAAAGACAGAGAAGUCAUACAAGGCUAGUCAGGUUCUGACGCGAAUGAAGUCGGAAAAGGGACGCUAUUCAUUCCUGUCAUGA